AUGCCAGCAGCAACAGCAGCAGCACGACCAACAGCAGCAGCAGCAGCACGACCAACAGCAGCACCAGCAGCACCAACAGCAACAGCAGCAGCAGCACCACCACCAACAGCAGCAGCAGCAGCAACAGCAGCAGCACCAGCGCCACCAACAGCAGCAGCAGCAGCAACAGCAGCAGCAGCAACAGAAGCAACAGCAACAGCAGCAGCAACAGCAGCAGCAGCAACAGCAGCAGCAACAGCAGCAGCAGCAAAUGACUAA